AUGACUAAAGCCACAGAAACGUUUGUUGCGCUUUUUGCCGUGGGCGCAGUGUACUUUGCGCUUUACGCCGAGUUGAUUCCCUCGGGAAAAUUGGUCCAUGAUGAGAUCUUGCCCUACUUGCCCUUCUGGGCCGUGGUGACCUUUGGUGCCUACGCGUUGGGCACCUUGGGCUGGGGCGUGCUCACUUUCAAGAACAAGGAGGGCAGCUACAAGGAGUUGAUGCAGCAGAUCGACGAGGCCAAGGCGUUCUACAAGGAGAAGGGCGUCGAUUUGGAUGCCUAA